UUAAUAUAUUAAUAAUACCAAUGACUAUGAUGCCGGGUCUCCCCACGUAGUAUAAAUAAAACCAAUGGCAAAGGUUAUGAUUAUCAAGCAAACUUCCAACUUCAAGAUUUUCAAGCAAGACAACCCUAACAAAGAAUGGGUUGUUGGUCUGCUGAGAACGCCACCAAAGCUUACCUCCGAGCCUUGAAAAUGGGAAAAAGAGGCAAAGAGCCUGACGUAGCUGAGUUCAUAUCCGCCAUGGCAGCAGGCAACAACGCGCAGCUCAUGGUGAUGACAUGUGCCGGCGUUGUCGGAUCCACUGCACUAGCCUUGAUCGCGGCGGCGCGUCAAACGAGCGGCAAAGUGGUGUGCAUCUUAAAUAGUCUCGACGAUUACGUUGCAUCCAAAAAUGCACUAGGGAACUACGGAGGUUCUUUAAGUUUUGUCAUAGGAGAUGCCAAGAGGCUUCUAAAUGAUUACAGAACCGCAGAUUUCUUGCUUAUCGACUGCAAUGUCAAUGACCACAAGGAAGUAUUAGAGGCAGCACAAGAGGUUGCAAAACACGAGGGUGCCCUCAUUGUGGGGUACAAUGCCCUUCAGAAGGGACCAUGUUGGAACACUGACGAAUAUAAAAACCCACUUUCUGCCCAUCGGGGAAGGUUUGCUGGUAAUUAGAAAAGCUACAAGUAAAGCUGGUGAUAGAUUUAACAGCAGAAAAACAAGCCGUUGGAUUGUUAAAAUAGAUGAAUGGACCGGUGAGGAGCAUGUUUUUAGGAUCACUUCACCAUGUUUUUAGUUUCAAUUAAUAUUAAAUUUUCCUGGUAUUUGACAAGCUCUCGAGCUUGUCUGAAAAAAAAAGGAAAAAAAGGUUAACUUAUAUGCUAUGUCCUACUCGAACUAAGUUGUAGACAAGUUAUUGGACCUAGUGACCAAUGUGUAAC